UUUUCGAAAGAAAUAAGCGCGUAAAGCCCCGGAGCUGUCCCGGAGCUCCUUCUAGGUGUGAAAGGAAUACAACUAUGUUUUCGAACGUGUCUCGGGGUCUGAUAAAUCGAAUGACUUUUGUGGCUUGUCGCUUGUCUUUUUUUUGUUCAUUCAUAUUUUUCAAGUUGCCUGAAAUUCAUUGGAUUGGUUUGGUUUGAUAUUCAUGUAUUGUAACUAUUGUGCGAAUUCCCAAUUUUCGUUGCCGUUUUCCAUUAUCGAUAUCCAUACUUUCAUUUGAGGCGCUGGUGAUUAGCCCGAAUCAUAAUGAAUAUAACAUCAGCAGCGGGCGUUAUUUCACUUCUAGAAGAGCCUAGACCAGAAUUGAAGAUAUUUGCUCUCAAGAAGUUAGACAAUAUUGUAGAUGAGUUUUGGCCUGAAAUCUCAGAAGCUAUUGAAAAAAUUGAAAUUUUACAUGAAGAUAAAAUAUUUCAACAACACCAGUUAGCAGCUCUUGUUGCCAGCAAGGUGUACUAUCAUUUGGGAGCUUUCGAGGAUUCAUUGACUUAUGCUUUGGGAGCUGGGGAGCUUUUUGAUGUUAAUGCUCGUACUGAAUAUGUAGAAACAACUUUAUCAAAAUGCAUUGACUAUUACACACAGCAAAGAAUUGCAUUAGCUGAUGGAGUUAGCAAUACUAAGCCAAUCGAUCCAAGACUUGAAGCUAUUGUGAACAGAAUGUUUCAAAGAUGUCUGGAUGACGGCCAGAAUCGACAAGCUAUGGGAUUAGCUUUAGAGACCAGAAGAAUGGAUAUUUUUGAAGCUUCCAUCACUCAAGCUGAUGAUGUGAUAGGCAUGCUUAGCUAUGCUUUUCAGGUUGCCAUGAGCCUAAUACAAAAUCGUGGCUUCAGAAACACAGUGCUUCGGUCUCUAGUUGGUCUGUAUCGUGGAUUGACCACUGCAGACUAUGUCAACAUGUGCCAAUGCUUAAUUUUUCUUGAGGAUCCUCUCUCCGUUGCCGAAAUCUUGGACAAGCUAGUUCAAGGACAAGAAGAGAGUCAGUUGAUGGCAUAUCAAAUAGCUUUUGAUCUCUAUGAAUCAGCCACCCAGCAAUUCUUGGAAAAUGUGAUGGUAGCUUUAAGACAGACUGCUCCUAUUCCUAGUUUGCUACUGGCCAAACAGCCUAAACCUACUGAGGAAACUUCAGCGGAGACAGCGGAAACAAUUUCAGAACCAAAGCCUGAAACACCAACCAUAGAAAGCUUGAAUGAAAAAGACAAAGAACACCAAGAUAGAAUAAAAAAACUACACACCAUCUUGUCAGGAGAAGUUUCGAUAGAACUGCAUCUACAAUUCCUAAUUCGUUCAAACCAUGCAGAUCUUCUAAUCCUUAAGCAAACAAAAGAAACUGUUAGAGUUAGUAUAUGUCACACUGCAACUGUUAUUGCAAAUGCCUUUAUGCAUAGUGGCACUACUAGUGAUCAAUUUUUAAGGGACAAUUUGGAAUGGCUUGCAAGAGCUACAAAUUGGGCAAAACUUACAGCCACUGCAUCCCUAGGAGUGAUACAUCGUGGCCAUGAAAAUGAAGCUUUAGUACUUAUGCAAAGUUACUUGCCAAAAGAAGUGGGUCCAAGUUCAGGGUAUUCAGAAGGUGGCGGUCUGUAUGCAUUGGGUCUAAUCCAUGCUAAUCAUGGAGCCAAUAUUAUCGACUAUCUUUUGGGACAACUAAAAGACGCUCAGAAUGAGAUGGUCAGGCAUGGUGGCUGCCUUGGACUGGGUUUAGCAGCAAUGGGCACCCACAGACAGGAUGUUUAUGAACAGCUCAAAUUUAAUCUAUACCAAGACGACGCUAAUACAGGUGAAGCAGCUGGUAUUGCAAUGGGCAUGGUUAUGUUGGGAUCUAACAAUUCAUCAGCGAUUGAAGACAUGGUUGCGUAUGCCCAAGAGAGUCAACAUGAAAAGAUCCUGCGAGGUCUAGCGGUUGGUAUUGCAUUUAAUAUGUAUGGUCGUCUAGAAGAAGCAGAACAUUUGAUCGAACAACUGACCAGCGAUAAAGAUCCGAUUUUACGUCGUUCUGGAAUGUACACAAUUGCAAUGGCUUAUUGUGGCACUGGACACAACCAAGCAAUCAGGAAGCUCCUUCACGUUGCUGUAUCCGACGUGAACGAUGAUGUACGGAGAGCAGCCGUUACAGCUCUAGGAUUUCUUUUAUUCAGAACACCCGAGCAAUGCCCAAGCGUUGUAUCUCUUCUUGCAGAGUCGUACAAUCCUCAUGUCCGAUAUGGUGCGGCCAUGGCAUUGGGCAUCGCCUGUGCUGGUACGGGGUUGCGCGAAGCCAUCGCUUUAUUGGAGCCUAUGGUGAUGAUUGACCCUGUUAACUUUGUUCGGCAAGGGGCUCUCAUUGCUUCUGCCAUGAUUCUGAUCCAGCAGACCGAACAGACUUGCCCUAAAGUUACUUACUUCAGGCAAACCUAUGCUCAAGUUAUCGCUAAUAAGCACGAAGAUGUAAUGGCUAAAUUCGGAGCUAUUUUAGCACAGGGAAUCAUUGAUGCUGGUGGUAGAAAUGUCACUCUAUCUCUCCAGUCGCGCACUGGGCACACCAAUAUGUUGGCCGUUGUCGGUACCCUAGUAUUUACUCAAUACUGGUACUGGUUCCCCUUGGCUCACUGCUUGGCUCUGGCCUUUACCCCUACCGCCUUGAUAACUCUAAAUGCGCAACUAAAGAUGCCAAAAUUAGAAUUAAAAUCCAACGCAAAACCCAGCCUUUAUGCUUAUCCUGCUCCAAUGGAAGAAAAGAAAAGGGAGGAACGAGAAAAAGUACAAACAGCUGUCCUUAGUAUAGCAGCAAGACAGCGUAGACGCGAACACGACCGAAAACACCGGGAUGAGAAGAUGGAAGUCGAUGAAGAGAAAGAUGACAAGAAAGAAGACAAGAAGAGCGAUGACAAGAAAGCCGUCCUCUCGACGUCGACUGAUGAUAAAAAAGAAAAAGAUAAGAAAGAUGAAAAAGAUGAAAAGAAGAAAGAUGAAAAAGAUGAAAAAAAGAAAGACGAGAAAGAUGAAAAAAAGAAAGAACCGGAGCCCAACUUUGAAAUUUUGCAAAACCCUGCUAGAAUAUUGAGGCAGCAACUGAAAGUUGUUUCCUUAAAUGAUAACAGCCAAUAUGUUCCAUUAAAAGACGUGUCGAUUGGCGGUAUUGUUAUGGUUCGAAACCUGAGACCUGACGAAGAAGAACUUGUUGAGCCCGUUCAAGCUUUUGGACCAAAAGGUGAAGAUGAAAAGGAACCCGAGCCACCAGAGCCGUUUGAAUGGUUGGAAGAUUAGUACAGUAUUUUUUAGUUUCAUUUAUUAUUUUCAAAUAUAUUAUUAUAAUAUGAUGUACUACUAUAACUAUAGCAUAAUACGAUUGUAAUACUUAAAAUAAAUGCAUAAUGUAA